UCCUCUUUUGAUCUAACUGCCUAACCUUUAAAGAUUUUGAUUUUACUAUCUAAUCUUUUAGUUUAUUUGAUUUGAGCCGGUUAGUUAGUGAAUCUUUAAUUUCAAAUUUUGAAUGCGCAGUUUAUCUUUACGGAUUUUGGUUGCAUAUUUUAUGCAAUUCAUAUGAUUAUAAAUUCAUUAAAAUAAACAAUUAGCUUAAAUUUUUGUAGUUGUAGAGCCAUCAAAUUGCUUAAAUCAAACAACUUGAAAGAUUGGAUACUGAAAUCAAGUUUGAAAGGUUAGGUAGUUGAAUCAAAAUGGACUAAAGUUCAGUCUAGCAAAGAGAUCACUCUUUUUGUGAAAGUGAGGAAGCAGAUAAGGAUUUGGAUAGCACGAGGGAUAAUGAGAUUGAGGGAUGCCCCAGUGGCAAUCGGCUGAGCAAUGAUGUCUUAAAGAUUCUCAUGAUUUCUAUAACAAGGUCUUCUCUUUUCUUCAGACUUCAGAGUGAGUCUUUGAUAGCAAAAAUGAUGCUGACUCAAAAUGCUGAGCUUGGGCCAAUUGAUCCAAGGAGAGCUCGGUUUCCCUGCUGCAUAGUGUGGACACCUUUGCCUCUCAUUUCUUGGUUAAUACCUUUUAUUGGCCACAUAGGGAUAUGCAGAGAGGAUGGAGUGAUUUUGGACUUUGCCGGGCCCAACUUUGUGUCAGUUGACAAUUUUGCUUUUGGAGCAGUUGCUCGUUACAUUCAAAUAAAUGGAGAAGAGUGCUAUAAGCUGAUUGAGCCUGAAAGCGACAUAGUGUGGGACGACGCUCUUAAGAAAAGCACACAGGAGUUUCAGCACAGGUCCUACAACCUCUUCACAUGCAACUGUCACUCGUUCGUCGCGAAUAACCUGAACAGAUUGUUCUAUGGUGGCCACGACAAGUGGAACGUCGUGAACUUGGCUGCUGUGAUGUUCUUGCGCGGUACCUGGGUGGGAAAAGCAUCGAUGGUGAAAUCAUUUUUACCUUUCGUUAUCGUGCUAUGCAUCGGGCUUUUUCUUGGUGGCAUGAAGUUUUUAGUAUUUGUGCUCGCUUUCGCGCUUGCCCUAGUUGGUUGGUUCUUUAUUGGCACCUACUGCUUUAAGAACCUUAUCCAGUUGUGACUUUUGUUAUUGUUGCCAUGAAUUGUAGAUAAUACACACUGUAGUGUUAUUUAACCAAGAUCUUGGGAUGUGAUAGAACAAUGAGUUAUCAUGCAUGCCCAAGCUUGUUGCUUUUGAUCUUGUAAUUUUAGAUGGAAUAUGGUAUGUGUUGAACUGUACCAAAACCCAAGAUUAUUCAUUUCCAGAGCGAUUAUUCUCUUAAAA